AUGUGCUGCAACUGCUGCAGUGUCCGUCAGCAGAAGAUCUGGGUCUUUAGCCUGGGUGGCCUGAUCCUGGCCUUCGGGAUUUUCCUGGCCACAGCCUGGCCGUUCGUGUACCGGCCGUGGCUUCGCAGUAUCAUGCCCCUGUCGCCGGGCUCCUUUAUCUACAAGCGCUGGGUCACCACGCCGGUGCCCCUGUACAGUUCGAUUUACUUGUUCAACUGGACCAAUCCGGAGGAUUUGGACACCGUGGGAGUGAAGCCCAACUUUGAGCAGCUUGGCCCGUACGUGUUCAGCGACUUCAAGGUUAAGGAGGAUUUGGUGUGGCAGCAGCCGGAGGUGACUUAUUACGGCAAGCGCACUUGGCACUUUCUACCCGAGAAAUCCAAUGGCUCGCUAGAGGAUGUGGUGGUGGCUCCGCACUUUGUGUCUUUGACAGCUGCCUCGUAUUCACGCCGAUUUCGACGUAUACUGCGCAAGGUCAUGAACUUUGCCCUCAAUCGCGAGGGCGGUGACAGCAAGAUGACCCACACAACCGGCGAGUGGCUCUUCGACGGCUACUACGAGAGCCUGCUGGACUUUGUGGAGCAACUCCACUCGCCGCUGCUGCCGAUCUACAGCAGCAACUUCAGCUGGUUCUACGAGCGGAACAACUCCAAGACGGCCGAGGGAAACUUCACCGUUCACACCGGCCGCGGAGACCUCAGCCAGUUGGGGGACAUUAUGCUCUGGAAGGGGGAGAACCACACAGGCUUUUACCCGGGCGAGUGCGGAAAGGUCAAUGGCAGUACUGGGGAGCUCUGGUCCCCGGAUCGCCGCUGGGAUCAGCCCACCACAAUUUUCCUGCCGGACGCGGCACGCUUCUUGAACUUGUUUCCCAAGGAGAACCUAACCAUCGACGGAGUGGAUGUCUGGCGGUAUGAGUCCACCAAUCGCACCCUCGACAACGGGCAACUGUCGCCGGACACCAAGUGCUUCUGUCUAGAGAACCGGGAGUGUCCUCGCAACGGAGUCCUGGAUUAUGGGCCACCGGCCUUUAACGGACCAUUCUACAUGUCCCACCCGCACUUUUAUCUCACCGACGAAAUGUACAGGGAGAACACCACUGGACUGAGACCGAACGCCUCGGAGCACGGCAUGCAUGUGAUUAUGGAGCCGACUCUGGGAAUCCCCCUUGACCUAAGGGGGCAGCUGAUGAUAAGUGUGCGGGUGCAACGGGAUGAAGCCAUCGACUUUUUCCAAAACGUUUCUUAUGACCAUUAUGCCCCUCUGUUUACGAUGCGAAUGCAUGGCGAGCUGGACGAGGACCUGACCAAGUUACUAAAGCUUGCUUUGGGUGCACCCCUCAUUGGCCAGUUUAUCGGAAUCGGAUUAAUUUUGCUCGGCAUUAUUAUAAUCUUAACUGGCGUGUUUGUCACAAAGAAUCAGAAGUGGUACCACCAACACAGGGAGCCAGAGGAGUCAAGUCGUAAUGCAAAAUUGGCUGACAAAUGAUUCAAAUGCACUUAGGGUGAUAAGAACCUUGAGCGGUCCGAGCCAAAGAAACAAAGCAGUAAUCUCCCUAUCAAUGGAAUUUUCUAGGCCUUUUUUUUAAAGCCAUUAUCGUCUUUAAAGACCGGACCAUAAAAAAUGCAAACUACGUGCUCGACUGGAUUAUCCAAUUUCGUUCAGGUGUUGCCCAGCUGCGGGAAUCUAGAAUUACACAAAAUUAUGGCCUUUCAAAUAUGCUAAAAUUUAUUAAUAUGUUAAUAAUUGUUUUUUGUUGUUCGCUCGUGAGGCUAGAAUCCUUGGGCACGUAAGCUGUAUACUUUAUGGCGUACGAACUCUUUCACCACAAAAAGCAAAAGGAACGGCAACGGCUUCAACAAGAAAGGCAGCAAAUACCAAACUGGAAAUUUGAAAAAUGCCAAAAGAAUAUUAUAAGCGACUAAUUUAUAU